UCUACCUGCGCAAGAGUCACAUUCCGUCACCCACCUUCACGAUUGGCCGCCGAGGCUGUGAAGGCUUCGAAACAGUUUUAAAUUAAUUUUAGAAAGUUGGCAGUGUUAAUAAGUGUAUACGUAGUUUAGUGACAAAAUGAUAACGGCCUAAGGCAGUAUAAUGUCUCGAAUACUUUGUCUCUUGGCAAUUCUUGGCAUAGCAUCAGCCCAACUCACGUUGGACGGCAUCAGAUGCGGUCAGCUGACUUGUCAACUUGAUGAGUACUGCUCGCCCGAGACCAACCGAUGCGCGCCAUGCAGCGUCGCUUGCAACAAAUCUCAUCACAAUUACGACUCUGGCCUUUGCAUCAAGGAGUGUCAAGGAUAUUUGUUGGACUUGAGAUACAUGCGCAAGUCGGAAAGCAUCGCUCCGCCAUCGGAUAUUAACAGUGUCCAGCGUCAAGCGCAGACAGCGUUGAUUGUGAGCAGCGUGGCUCUCGCUGUACUUCUUUUAGUCGUUAUAAUACUUUGUAGAGGAAGACUGUCCUGGAGAUAUAUCAAGCAAAAGUUACAACCGAGUAAGAAUCGCGUUAAACAAUACCCGACGGACUUAACACAUCACAAUCCACACGCUGAGCUCCCGAAACCUAAGCCCGAAUUGAAAUUGGAAAUACGAAAUUCCGAACCACCGAAGCGACAAAACCAACAGCCACUCAACGCCAGGGAUUUAGAUACUAGAACACAAACUGAAGGUAGCCAGGGAGCUACAACACCGAAGACCAUAAGCACUGCUCUUAGUAAUAGACAUCCGGCUGAAGAUACGACCUUAGAUUUUUCAUACGACAACAUGGGUAUGAAUGUGACUCCACCCGAACAACCGGCAGCUAGUCAUAAAUUCUGAGAAUCGAUUAUGACACUCGGCAGUAAAUCCGUGACAUUUACGAACGUUACCUAGAACAAUCAAUAGUCGUCAUCAAAUCGUUCAUCAAGAAUUUGUGGCCAAUCAAUACGGUUCUACUAAUUUGAAACGAUAUGAUGUUUCAACUAAGUAGUUACAAUAAGCGGAGGAUCGCUUUAAACAUUUCACAAUAGUAAUAAUUUCAAACAUUUUUUAAUAUUCCAUUCGUCGCUAAUCACUAAAGCCAAACGUUCGUCCGCAAAAUCGAGCAACUUAGUCGACUCAUUAGCGGAAUUACGAAACAUCACACAGUUCAUAGACAUCACAGACUAAUAUCAGGUAUUAUACGUAAUGUUAGCUGAACAGGAAGGAAUAUCGUCGGAUAUCACUAAUUGAUAAUAUUAAAACAUGAUACGGCAUUGUGAUGCAUACUUAAUUACAUAAUAUUGAAUGUAUAUCUUAUAUUUGGAAAUAAUUUUAAUUGAAUAUAUGAAACUUAAACUACGCAGCAUACUUUAUAAUAUCGAUUUAGGAAGUUAAACGAAUAAAAAUGUAAUAUAUAAUGUAUAUGAGAUUUAUAUUACGUCAUCAUUUUUAUUAUUUAGAAUUAGUGUUAAUAAUGAUAAUGAGUAAUAUUUUAUAAUGUGUGUAUUCAUUAAGCAAUACUUGUAGUUGUACUCGUUAUGAGAAUACAUUUAUAUUGUUUAUAAUUUAUCUGUUUGUUGCCAGAUAUAUUUAUGGGGUAAUAUCGUUUCUGGUAAAUAGGUAAAUAAUAAAAUUUUGAACUGCAAGCAUUUAAAUUAUACAGAUAUUAAUCAUAUACAUAGAUUAUAUUUACGUGUGUAUGUAACGUGAUUUUAAAUGAUGUUUUUUUGUAUGUAUUUGAGUGGGUGGGUGAUUUUAAUUUGAGAAGGUGAAUUUGGGAUGUAUAUAUUUCCUAUUUCACCCGAACGAAGUCGGAACGGGCAACUAGUUCAUAUUAAUGUUGAAAAUGAUAUAAUAAUAGUAACAAAGAUGUAUUCAAUAAUGAAACUAUGAUAAUUGAUAAAAUUUUGAAAUAUAGUUUCAAAAUUAAAAGGCCUUUAACUGCCUCACACACAGCACUUUUAAAUAAAUAUUGAAUAUAUUGAUUAAUCUACCGAUGAACCGUUACUCGAAUACAUAUUUCUCCGAACUGCUUCUGUAAAUGUAAUAAACAUUUUAAUUACUUGCUUUAAUAAAGAGUUGAACUCUUGUUAAAAUAAAUAUUUCAGCAUGGCUGAUGUAGUUUUUUAUUUAAAUGUUUUAUUGUGUAGUUUGUAUGUAAUUCUGUAUGCGUUCUCAUUAAUCACUAGUUAUAAGUAUUUCAUAAAAUUGUAUGUGUUUACGCGUGCAGGUUCGGUUUUAUUACGAUCUGUGUUCAUUUGUCCGUCUGUGUCCGUUUGAAUACUUACGUUUUUGUUAAGAUUUAUCGUUUAAGUCGAUUAUUAAUAAUAAUUUUUUUCAUAUAAUUGUGGAUUAUCCCGCUUAUUUUAUAUGAAUGCAAUGCGACGUCUUACAUAGUACACGGAAAGGUGCGUGAUCUGUUUAAACCAAUAAUUGAACUCAUUUCAAAAUUUACAUUACUUUUUUCUUUACCUUUACAACGAGGAGUACUUGAAUCUAAGAUUUUAUCUAAAUCUAUACUGAUAUUAUAGAGACGUAAAAUUUGUUUGUUUGUAUGUAGGGGAUAAUUUUCGGAACUAAUGAUCCAAUUCUAAAAAUAUAUCACUUAGAAUGUUAUAUUAUUCAACCGUAUCGUAUCAAAUACACCCGUGCGAAACCGGGGCGGGUCGCUAUGUAUUAAUAAAGAGAGCAAAACCACGAUCUGUCUUUUAAACAUUUUUCGUUUAAAUUUCAAUCUCAAUUCCGUUUAACUCUAAGUUAUACCGCGGAAUAUCAUUGCAAUUUCAUAUCAACAUUCUAGUUAUUUCGUGGAAUAGGAAUGUUCCCAUGUGACUUGAUUACUUGAAGUACUGCGCCAGGUAUAUUAAUGCGUAAUGAGAUUUAAAAGUACAGAUAUCUUAAUACAACUAUAUAUAAUAGAUAUUUGGAAAACAGUUUUUGUGUAUGUAUUGUAUUUACUUUUCAAAUAGACAGAUUAAUCCUCGUUUGUCUUUAAAAUAAUAAAUUAGGUAACUGAUUGUGGUUAAUGAGUUACUCUUAGUUAUAGCUCGACCAAAUUCAGUAUCAGUAAUAUUUUUUUUUUGAAUUUAUAUAAAAAAGCUUUUAGUAACUUCAAUGUUCCACGAUGUAAUCUACUUCCUUGUCACAUUUCAUUACAAUGCGUUCAACUUAGUGUUUGAGUAACGUAUGUACCAAGCACACGCCUUUGCAUUUAUAAUCUUAGUAGGACUUUAUAACAAAACACAGAUUAUACGGUAACUAGAAGAUAUUAUAUUAUUAAUUAAAUAAAGUACUUAAAUUCAAUUUCUAAACGAAAAAAAUCACAAACAAAAUCAUUUAUAGUGUGUUUUGAAUUCAUAUGUAAUAUGUACUUAAUGGUAGCAAUUUUGCAAGAACUCACUUCGUAGUCCACUCGUGAAAUGUGAAAUAUUACGGCGAUACGCCAUUUUGAUACGUGUAUCAUAUACAUUUUAUAAUUAUGAUAGUGGAUGUCGCAUAUAACAUUCCGACAUUUCUCGCUCAUGUUCUGCGGUGAGUUCGAGUUUCUUCUUACAGAAUACCUCCAUAGUUUCCGAACUAUAAACUGCGUAUAUCUAUAAAAUUACUUCCAGCUCUUACAACGUUGCUUCGUUCAACGUGAAAUAUACAAGAAACAUACUUUCAUUGUUUUUAUAUUAGUAAGGAAUUUUCUAGAACAGUUUAUUAUACGAAAUAUAAUCUACGUGUGUACAUUCAUACUAUCCGUGUAUACACGUAUAUUCAGCGUACUAAAAGUUAAGGACGAAAACAAUUUAGUUUGAAUUUUUUCUUCAAAUUUUUAUACGUUUAUUUUUUUCAGGACAGUUGCUUUAAUGUUUAAAGACUUUUUUUAAUAAUAUGUUUUUAUUAUAUUAUAUUUAAUAUCUAGUGUUAGGUGAUUAAGGAUUUAAUUAUUAUAGAGAGUAAUUUUCACCGUCCAUACGAUACAUUCCAGUAUUUAAGAAAGAAGGGGGAAUAUUACAUUCGAAUAGUAUUAAGUAUAGAUUUUAAUUGUAAGAAAUAAGAGGUAUUCAUUAUAUUUUGUAAAACAAAAUAGAUUAAAUUUUCGAAUUAAUUAUUAAACGUAUUAAAUUUAUUAAUGAUAAAUGAUUAAUUUCCGAUUGAGUAUUUACGUUGUAGGUUUAACAAACGAAGCUAAUGGUAUGUCCGAUUUGUUAUAAGGCAUCGGACAUAAUUGUAGUUUAAAUAUUUAUACUGACGUUUUUGAUAUACAAGAAUAGAUUCACGCUUGUCACGUUAGUAGUUCGAAGCGGGUGAAACGGCAAAAUGUAGUUACUUACGUAAUAAUUUUAUAUUCUACAACUUCGGAAACGCUCCACAUCUUCUGGAAUAAGUUUUAUUACCAUACUUAUAUUGGUUUUGUGGAUUUUAAUUUUUUAUUACUAGAAUAAAAACCUUCUCAUUUAUUACUAUAGAUUACAGCCUUUAAGCAAACUCUACUAUUUGAGUAAUGUUUGCUUCAUAAGUAAGAACAUUUUCAUAUAAUGACAUAUUUAAAAUCCGGAAUGCAAAUAUGUGUAAACCACGUAACAGCCUGUAAUGUUCUACGGCUGGGCAAAGGUGCUCUCUUAAGGAGAAGGUUUAAAGCUUAUUCCACCACGCUGCUCCAAUGCGGAUUGGAGGCUGUUUAAGUUACCGUGUUUCAAAGGACACAUGCAUUUCAGAGAUGCAGCCCGCUGACAUAUGCGGUAGUUUAUGCAGUAAUUAACAGUUGACAUCAAUAAUAAUUACAAACUUAAGCGACAAAAGUUAUAACAAAAAUACUACGUCGUUUUUCCGUACCGGGAAUUUGCAUUCGCUUUGAUUUUUGACUACAUAUAAUAUUCCGUACGCUCCAUCCGCCCUUUGAGAUAAUCCGUUACAAGCAGUUUAUUUUCAUCGAUAUUAUAGAACACAAGAUUAAUUAUAAACAAAAUAAGCACACGAAAACUCUGCAAUGUUUCUGUCGAGAAUUACGUCAAGAAUCUAGUGUGAGUUUAUUAUAUUAAAAAAAUUAAAAUAUUUAUAAAAUUUAUAGAAAUUGUUGUUUUAUAACACGAUAUUCCGAUUUUAUUAAUAUAUUUAAGCUACUUAGAUUAAAAAUGUUUAACUCCGAAUAGUCAUUUUUUAUUAAUCUUUCUGAUAUGAUAUACAAUAGGUAAAUACAUUUGUAUCUCGUAAAAGUUAUUCGAAAUAAACAAUUCCAUAUUAUAGAAUCAUUUUUGUAACAUAAUUUUGAAUACGCAUACAAUAUAAUAUAAAUAAUCUCGUGAAAUAAAACCGUACUUUGAGUAAUUAAAACAUUUUACACUCGAUCGUAAAACGUAGUAAAGUGACUUAGGGUGAUGGCGAUAUUUUGAUACGUGUUUUUCUUUUUAUUGGUAUUAUAAUUAUUGUAACAAAAGACGCUUAUAAGCAAUAUCACUUUUUGACAUUUUGCGAUCGGUUUCUCAAUAAAGUUUAGAGAUUUUUCUCACAUAGUAAUUUAAAUUUACUGUCGAGAUACGUAGAAGUAAUAUCAAGGUCUUAAUAUUCUGCGGCAAUAUUAUACUUAAAUAGGGUAAGGAUGUAUUUAGCCCUAAUUAUUUUAUAAAAUUAUGUACUUUCAAAUUUUUAAAGUAACAUUAUAUUUUGAAAAGACAAAAAUAAGUUAGUGUGUAUAAUAUUAAUAUAAUCACAAGUAACUUUAAUAUUUUUAGUAAUUUUAAGAUUGUAUGUAUAUAUUUGAAGCCCUUGGGAAGUCCGUCCAAUUGAUAGAUUAGUAAUUAUUUUGUUAUAAGUGUUGAUAUUAUUAUUAUUACAUUUUUAUACGUAAGUGUGUCAUAGAAUAAAAUCAAUUCGAUAAUGGAAGGUAAACAUUCGCUACUGUCGAUUUUAUUAAUAAAUUAAUAUUUAAUUUAAGUGCUUAUUGUUAUUCUCGAUUAAAUUUGAAAUAAAAUUCUAGUAAUAAAACAAUAAAAAUCUUUAUUCUAUUUAUUUACCGCCGCGACACAAGAUCGUGUUA